AUGGCGAUUGAAGAAAAUACUUCAAGUUCUACCAAUCCACUACUCGAUUCAACCAAUCCACUAUAUAUGCAUCCGUCUGAAAAUGCAGGUUCCAUGCUUGUGCCGGUAGCCUUCGAUGGAUCGGGAUAUAGGUCGUGGAGACGUGGUGUACUUAGGGCCCUCUCUGUGAAGAAUAAAAUAGGCUUUAUAAAUGGAAAAUGUGGGAAGCCAGAUUCAAAGGACCCUACAUUUGACCAGUGGGAAAGGUGUGACAAUGUGGUGACUUCGUGGAUUCUGAAUUCCUUAUCAAAGGAUUUAGCGGAUAGCCUACAAUACGUGAAUGAUGCAAAGGAACUGUGGGAAGAGUUAGAGGACAGGUAUGAUCAGACCAAUGGGGCGAAACUCUAUCAAUUGCAGAAAGAGAUUAAUGAUUUGAGUCAGGGAACACUCGACAUUACUGGAUAUUACACUAAGAUGAAGAAAUUGUGGGAAGAGUUGAAUACUCUGAUUGCUCAUGCUCAGUGUAAAUGUCAUUGUACAUGUGGUGCUAAGGCCAGUAUGCACAAGGCAGAGCAAGAUAGGAGGUUGAUUCAGUUUUUGAUGGGAUUAAACGAAGUUUAUACUGUGGUUAGGGGAACCAUUUUGAUGAUGAAUCUGUUGCCUUCUUUGGCACAGGCAUUUGCUAUUCUUAUUCAGGAAGAGAAGCAAAGGGAGAUGAAACCAAAUAAUCAUCUGAUAAUAGACUCUAGUGCCUUGAAUGCAAACAGAGGAGGAAACAACAAUUUCAGAACAACUUAUGGUCAACAGGGAAGUGGAACUGGAGGUACUCCCUAUCCAAAUUACAACCAGUCGAGUGGAAAUGGAAACAAUACUUUCAGAGGAAAUUGCCCUGCAAAUAGACCACGACUAAUUUGUGAUUAUUGUAAGAAACCAGGGCACACUAAAAACAGGUUCUACAAACUCCAUGGGUAUCCACAAGAUCCUAGGUUCAACAAGGGGAAGAGAGUAGCUGCAAAUGUCUUUGGAGACUGUUGUAGUGUCAAUGCUACAGGUAUAGGAGAUAGAGAAAGGCCACAAACUCAAGAAGAAGGGCGAGUGAUGAAAACCUUGACCAAGGAACAGUACAAUCAGCUGAUCAACAUUUUGGAGAAUUUUCAAACUGGGACCACUGAAGACAAUUCUGAGAUGAAGGCAGGGGCAGUGAACUUUGCAGGUAUCUCAGCUUGCUCUACCUCUUCUGAUUCUAGUGUUCCUUCAUGUGAAUGUUUUAAGCCAGAUGCUGACUCUUGGAUACUUGACUCUGGGGCCACAAAUCACAUGACAUAUACCAAAUCCAUUUUGACCAAUAUAAAAACCUUAGUAUAUCCAUUCCUAGUAACACUGCCUAAUGGUUAUAAAGUAAAGGCCCCUUCACUGAAGAGGCCUCUGGAGAUUGGUAAGGCUUCUGUGGCCUAUACUAUCACAUUUCAGAACUUUGUAAGAGGGCAUCAUCUGCCCUGA